UUUUUUACUUUAAAACUAUCUCGUUCACCGACGGGGAUUUGCGGUGAUUCGGCUGACGCAUUAGGAAAUUACCUGACAUAAUGAACUUAACUGUGUAGAGAGAGAGCAAAGAAAAUCAUGAAAUUUGAUGACAACGCAGGUUGAGAGCAGGAACAAGUGCCUGUAUUCUUACAGUUACUGUAUUUGAGGAUUAACUUUCACAAGUUUUUGUUUACUCUUAGAACAUCUUCAACCGCGUUCCGGCUUGUCAAGUGACGACUUAUUACUAUGUCGGCUUUGCCUAUAUGAUCAUGCGACGAUAUGCAGACGCUAUCCGGACGUUUUCGAACAUUCUACUGUACAUCCAAAGGACAAGGAAUAUGUUCCAGGCGAAGAAUUAUCAAAAUGAUUUGAUCAACAAGCAAACUGAGCAGAUGUACAUCCUGUUGUCUAUUUGUAUGACGUUGCAUCCUCAACUCAUUGAUGAGUCUCUGAUGCAAGUGUUGCGGGAAAAGCCGCAUUCGGAACGAAUGGCGAAAAUGCAACGCGGGGAUUUGCAGGAAUUCGACGUGAGCUUUUCCUUCGCAUGUCCCAAAUUUUUGUCGCCUUUGCCGCCGUCUGCGGAUGAAAUGCAAGUGAAUUUCGACAAGGAGCCGUUACAAUUGCAGCUGAAGGUUUUCAGCGACGAGGUUCAGCAGCAGUUGUACAUCGGUACGAUUAGAAGUUAUUUGAAGUUGUAUACCACUAUGCCGAUCUCGAAGCUUGCGAAUUUUCUGGAGAUGGAAGUGGAAACCUUGAAGGAGCAUUUGCUCUGUUUCAAGCACAAGAUGCGGAAUUUGGUUUCCACGAAGGGAUGUGUGUCCGCAUUGGAUGGCGAAUUUGAGUCCGGUUCGGAGGUUGACUUUUAUAUCGACGGAGAUAUGAUCCACGUGGCAGACACGAAAGUCUCUCGUCGUUACGGUGACUUUUUCAUCAGGCAAAUUCAUAAAUUCGACGAAUUGAACCGGAACCUGAAAGGACUCCCCUACUGUUGAAAUGUGUAUUAUCCGAAAAGUUCGCGAGAUUUUUUUGGAAUUCUGAAAACAUCCCGUUUCCUUAUUUCAAGGCUGAAUAAAGACCUUGGAAGGUG